UCAGGCCGGGAGCGAAGGCGCCCGUCGCUCCCUGUUCCUCCCGCUCCGCUCGCGGCCGAGCCUGCUCACCGCGGGAUCCCUCCGCCUGCGCGCAGCGGCCGGCGGGGUGUGCGCGCCGCUCCGUGCCCCUCCGCCCGGGAGGGAUUACUUCCCGCGGUCGCGGCGGCGGGGCGGCCCCGGCGGGGCCGGGGGAUGGAGGCACCGGGCGCCCGCCGGAGGGACGGAGGAGCCGCCCCGUGAGGGAGGAACGGGAGCGCAGCGGCCUCCUCGGGGCCGCCGGCGGGCGGGGACCCCGCGGCCAGGCCGCGCCUCAGCGCUCGGGCCUGCGCCGCCCUCAGCGGGGCCCGGCCCGGCCCUGCCCGCCCGGGGCUGCCCCAGGCCGGGUGUGCGAGCCCCGGCCGGGGCGUGCUCGGCGCGGGGCACCAUGGUGGAGAAGCGGUGCCCGCGGCUGCAGCGGGACGGCGUGUACCGCUGGUUCUCCGAGCUGCCCUCGCCGCAGCGCGUGGAGUUCCUGUGCGGCCUCCUGGACCUGUGCAUCCCGCUGGAGCUGCGCUUCCUGGGCGCCUGCCUGGAGGACCUGGCCCGCAAGGAUUAUCACUCCCUGCGCGACUCCGAGAUCAAGGCGAACAACCCGGCCGACCUGGGCAGCCUCACCAACCUGACGGACGAGGUGGUGCGCAGCAAGCUGCUGGUGUCCCUCGCCCUGCUCGGCUCUGCCCACCGCGAGGCCGCCGGGGUCCUGUUCCGCACCCUCACCCACAUCGACUCGGUCAUCAACAACUACGGGCUGCAGCUCAACGAGGGCCGCACGGGGGAUGAGUUCCUGUUGCUCUUCACCAUGGCAUCCAACCACCCGGCGUUCAGCUUCCACCAGAAGCAGGUGCUGAGGCAGGAGCUCACCCAGAUCCAGAGCCUCAUGGCCAGCACCAGCAAGAAUCCCAGCACCUCUACCCUCAACACCAUGGCAACCUAUCCUGGCUGCCAUAAGGUCACUCCAAGGUCGGAGACCCCCAUCAACAGUGUCGGUAACAGUUUGGAAAAUGUGCUCCACACAUCCACACAUUCCAUGGAGGAGUCACUACCCAAGAGGCCUUCGGGGAAACACUCCAAAGUGAGUGUCGAAAAAGUGGAAUUAAAGGGGCUGGCACACAAGAAGAAUGAAAGAAAUGUUGAGUAUUCCUUUGAGGUCCUGUGGUCUGAUUCUUCGGUGACGUUGGUAACCAAAUCUUCUGCUGAAGUGACUGAAUUUAUUUCAAAGCUGUCUCAGCUGUAUCCAGAAGAAAACUUGGAGAAAUUCAUUCCCUGCUUAGCUGGUCCAGAUUCAUUUUACCUGGAACGGAACCACAUGGACCUGGAAUCAGACCUGAGGUACCUGGCCCCGUUCCCUUCCCAUGUGGUGAAAAACGACCACGUCAGGAAGUUCUUCAGCACUUCAUCUCCCUCACAGCAACUUCAGAGCUCAAAUCCUGGCAACCCCUCCCUGUAUAAAGUAGGAACUACGCUGGGAACAUCUGGAAGACCUAUCUGUGGGGUGGCUGGAAUUCAGUCUUCCCAGAACCACGUGCAGCACUCUGCUGCAGCCCCCGUGGCCCUGCCGCACUGCUCGCACUCCGGAGGCGCCGGCUCCUCGCUGGCCUACCGCUCCCAGCUGGAGAGCUCCUCCCCAGCCAUGCUGAUGUCUUCCAGCCCUCAGACCCCUCAGACACAGGAGCAGAACGGCAUCCUGGACUGGCUCAGGAAGCUGCGCUUGCACAAGUAUUACCCUGUCUUCAAACAGCUCACCAUGGAAAAGUUUCUGAGUCUUACUGAGGAAGAUCUGAAUAAGUUUGAGUCCCUCACCAUGGGAGCAAAGAAGAAGCUCAAGACCCAACUAGAGCUGGAGAAGGAGAAGUCAGAGAAACGGUGCCUAAACCCCUCCACACCUUCCUCAGUGACCAGCAGUGGGGUGGCCAGGGUUCCCCCCACUUCCCACGUGGGGCCUAUCCAGAGUAUCCGGGGCAACCACGCUGCAGAGCUGCGAGUGGACGUGGAUCAGCCAGCCCACCCCCUGCCCCGGGAGGGCAGCUCCUCGGAGUACUCCAGCUCCAGCUCCAGCCCCAUGGGGAUCCAGGCACGGGAGGAGAGCUCAGACAGCGCCGAGGAGAACGAGAGACGCCUGGAGCUCCACCUGGACGCCUCGGACAAGGAGAAGCCGGUGAUGCUGCUGAACCAUUUCCCCUCGAGCUCUGCCAGGCCCACGGCCCAGGUGCUGCCCGUGCAGAACGACGCCGGCUCGGGCCCCGCCGGCCACCACGCGCUGCCCAUGCAGAUGCUGUCCCCAAGCCCGUCACACAUGGCCCCCAUCCGCAUGCUGGGCUCCGUGCACAAACCUGAGCGCGGCUCCGCCGACAUGAAGCUGCUCUCGUCCUCCGUGCACUCCCUCUUGUCUUUGGAGGAGAGGAAUAAAGUGUCUCCCGGCUCGAGGGGCAGCAUAAAGAUGGAAAAGGGCUUUGGGAACGCCGUGGUGGAUGUCAUGUCCGCGUCCUCUCCGCACCAGCCCCUGCAGGUGCUGUCGGGGGGUGCCGAGAGCAGCUCCCCCACGUCCACCAUGAACUUUGGGCCUCGCACCAAAGUCGUGCACGCUUCCACUCUGGACAGAGUGAUCAAACCAGCCCAGCAGCCAGGACUCAUAGUGGAGACGAGCACUGCUGCCACGGUGACGUCCAGCACAGUCUUCCACGUGGCUCGUCCGCCCAUCAAACUCCUGGUGUCCUCGUCUCUUCCCACCGACUCCGCCAUGGCCGGACAGACUUCCUGCUCCAGUAAUAUGCAAAUAACGGUGUCCCCUGCAAUAAUCAACCCCCGGACUGCUCUGUACACAGCCAACACCAAAGUUGCCUUUUCUGCCAUGAGCAGCGUGCCCGUGGCGCCCAUGCAGGGCAGCUUCUGCGCCAACAGCAACGCGGCCUCCUCCAGCAGCCACCCGUCCCCGUCCUUCACCACCAUGGCCAACCUGCCCAGCUGCCCCGCGCCCAGCUCCAGCCCCACGCUCUCCUCCGGCGCCGACAACAACUUCUACAGCAGCAGCAGCAGCAGCAGUAGCAGCGGCGGCGGCGGCGGCUCGGCCGGGAGCGUCCCCGUCCCCAACCAGAACCACCAUCACCACCACCACCAGCAGCCGCCGCCGCAGCCCCCCGGCUGCAUGGUGUGCAGCUCCUGCGGCUGCAGCGGCAACUGCGGCUCCAGCGGCAUGACCGUCAGCUACGCCAACUAUUUCCAGCACCCCUUUUCAGGACCUUCCAUGUUUACUUUCCCUUUCCUGCCCUUCAACCCCCUGUGUAGCAACGGCUACAUCAACACGCAGCAGUACAACAGCAGCACCACGUUCCCCGUGGUGCACACGGCCUACAACAGCGGCCUGGCCCCCGACUCCGUCAUGGCCGGCCAGUCCACCUUCGCCGUGCCCCCCAUGCAGAACUUUAUGGCGGGCACGGCCGGGGUGUACCAGGCACAGGGGAUGAUGGGCAACGGCAACGGGUCAAGUCACAAAAAAAACGGGAACCUCUCCUGUUACAACUGCGGGGCCAGCGGGCACAGAGCUCAGGACUGCAAACAGCCACCCAUGGAUUUCAAUCGGCAAGGUACGUUCAGGCUGAAGUACGCCCCUCCCUCCGACAGUCUGGACUCCACAGACUGAGUGUCCCCAGCUGGCACCACGAUGCUGUAAAGCCAUGGAGAGCGACGGAGAUCGAACUGCAAAACUGAGACGUCCAGUUGCUGUUAAGCUUAAUGUAUUUUUUAAUCCAAAGGUGCUUUACUUUAUUAGACUAGGUAGAAAAUCUAGCUUAGGGGUGCAGCCAACCCAGUUUUGAUUGCCAAAUUCAAGCUUUGCUGUUGGAACUCCUGACUCCGUGUCCUCGGACCGAGGGAUGGAUGGACAGAUGGAUGGAUGGAUGGAUGGUGGAGCUGGCCAGCUGCAGUUCCUGCUGGAAGUACAACAUCCCCUGCACUUUUUUGGCUGGAGAAUGUUGCCACAAAUGGACUUUUCCAAGGUGAAAGGCCUGACUCCAGGGCAGCUCAGUUCUGAGGUGGAAGGUAGGAGUGGCCGGAAGGACUUUGGCACCCCUGGGCUAGGUAAAAUGUCUACUUUUUUUCAAAAGUGAUCAGGCACUAAUCUCUGGGAUUUUUAAGGAUUGCACUACAGAAGAAUGUAAAACUCUUCAAGCUUUCUGCACUUUUAGCAGACAGUGUCACUCUGAGACCAGUGCAAGAGGCAAAGAAGUUCCAACCUUUACAAAUUGGCACCAGCAGGCUUACGGGACUUAAUUCCACAAUAAAAAUCCUAAAAAGUCUCUCUUUUCCCUUCCAAAAGAACACACACGGCAGUUUCGGUUCCUUCUGGAAACAAACUCGUGCUUCAUUGUCUCACCUAUUUCUAGCUAGUGCUGGCUUCCCAGCACUGGAAUAAACUUAGUUUCCAAGGGUCCAAGUCCCAGAGACUCCAGAGUCAUAAAAGCUUCAAGGAUAUUUUCCUGUAAUACACAAAACCUUUACGUCCUGUUACUGUAUAUAGGUCUCUUUCACAGAAACCUUAUUAUUCUGCUUUUGUAAAUGAAUUUUAAACCAUCCUAAAAAAAAAAAAAAAAUCAAACUAAGAACUCUGGUAGCAGAGUUGAUAAGCUUUUGCUUUACUUUAUAUAAAAUACCCUUUGGCUCCUACCCCAGGAUUCAGGAGUGGUGGGAGUCAAACAUGUAAAAGGUAGUAAAAAAAUUCAUUAUUAUCAAGACUUGGAAGGAUUUCUUGUCGGCCUCCUUCGUUGCAGUAGGUUGUAGAUGAGUAGCUUUGGUGUUAACUACUUAGUCCAUCAUUUGUGGGUGACAAAUCUAAAUUAGGACUCGAGAGGAAGCCAAACCCAUCUCGAACUGCUAAUUUGAAACACUUUGGUCCUGUCUGGUUGAAAGAAGAUCCUAAUCCUCAUGGCUCUGCCCCCCAGGAAUUUGACAGCAUUAAAUGGGCGAGGCCUCCUCUGUAAAAGUGUCUGACAGAGAGAAAUUUGCAUCCUGUAAUUUGGGAGACACCUUUAAAGUCUGAAGCCUUGUUUACACGUGGAGGUAUUCCUUACACCAGGAUGAAUCCAUAGGAUUUGUAGUGGAGCAGUGGCUCCUUUGGGAGCAGGAGGGUUUGGAGCUGCCCCCAGGAGAUGGAGCCGUGUGAGGGGGGAGCUCAGCCCUUCCUGGGCCGUGCUCAUAGGAAAGGAACAUUUGGGGCCAUCCCUGUGGCCCUGUCUCUCCAGGGCAGUCUCAGCCUCGUGGGAUCAUGAGCAUCGGGAGAGCCUCGGGAAUGGGGGUGGGCAGAACCAAACUGGGCCCAGGGAGGGAUCCAAAACCUGAAUUUGCAGAACAAACAAACAAACAAAAACCACUUUUUAUUGCUAUGCAAUAAGAACCCCCUGAUUUGUGUACCCCCAGCCCAGCUCCCGCUCCCUGUUGGCUCUGCCUGCGUUUGAGGACGUUGUCUGUGUUCCCAUGAACAACCUUCAGACCUACAACACUAAAGGGAUGAAAACUGACAAUGCAAUUUACUUUGCCUUAAUGAGCUCGAGACAAUGGUAGGAACAGUCUGUCCCACUGCAUCAUGCCCAAGGAAAAUGUGCAGUUCCAUGUUUACUAUUUGCAGCUUUGAGGGUCUCUCCAGUGGCCUGGAACAUGUGCUGAAAGCCAAACUUAGUGUUAUUAUUAUUAUUAUUAUUAUUGUUGUUGUUAUUAUUUUUUUCACUUUUUUUAAACAGUAUUUUAAAAAUUGUAUUUAAAGAAACUGUAUUUCAACACACAUGUCAGUGUUCAAAAACCCUCUUGAAACAGCAAAAAAACAGCAGCAGCAGCAAAAAAGAAAAAAAGUCAUUUCUGUAUCAGUUGUGUUUUGUUUUACUGCCCAGGGCUGGGCACAGUUGUGUCUGAUCUUCCUCACAGAAAAAAUCAUAUCAAAAGGACUGUAAAACUGAACGUCUGUCCAGCAAAUUGUUUCAUUCCUUUCUCCAGAGCUUUCUUUAGGAUCCUUUCCUGUGUAGAGUUCAGGCUGGUGUUUGCAGCAAACUGUUUCAUUCCUUUCUUUGGGAUCGUUCCCUUUGUGUCAAGUCACGGCUGAUGUUUCUUCAAGUGGCUCAUGGCUGCGUUUGGGUGACCCUUUGGAGCAGCUGGCUCUGGGUUUGGAGUCACAUCCAGUCCAGAAGGACCUGGAGGCAACACGAGUGUCCAAGAGGAAAAUCUGGUGAGCCAGCAGCAACCUCAGAGCCUUCCCCAAAUCCCAGUGAGCUGGGGCUUCAGACCUGCCAGUGAACACCCUCCACUCUGUACCCAGAACAACCAAAGCUGGUAAGUCCAAACAGAGCACCUUAAUUCCAUAAAAUUAUCCUUAAUCUGUUCUUCAAAGGCACAAAUUCAUGUUUUUACCCCUAAAAAGCAAGGCAGCUUGGGUUGGAAUAGUAGAGUUCCAGCUGCCCUGCCUGAAGGAACCAGUUCUUAAACCCUAUUUUUGUACAUUGAAAGAUGGAGAUUUCAAAGAGUGUUAUUUAGCCCUAUCUUUGUCCUGUGAGUAUAAAAAGAAAUUAGUUCUCCAGAUGGAUUUCAGUGUGGAAUGGGAAUGAUUUUUCAGUGUAAGAGGGAAGGGAAUCCCCAGUGAUCUCCCUGCAGGGGCAGGAGAAUCAGCAGGGAGCCUUUCCCAGGGGAGGGAGCAGCGGGUGGGGCAGUUCCAGCUGCAUUUUCCAUUUGAUGAUGGAAAGGCUCGAAAUAGGAUGGAAUUUCCAGUGAACUCCUCCCCACCCUGCAAAUUAAGCAUUAAUAAAUAUUCUGGGCUCGACUCUAAGAGGGAGUGCAGAGGGGGAGGAGAGGGAACUGAGAUACUGAUCAGAGGGUUCCACCUGACUUUUAUUGAAAACUACAUUUGAACCAUUACUAAAGUUUAGCAGAACUGGUUUUUAUUCACACCAGCUCUGUCACACUCAGCUUUUUGUGAAACCUUUUCGUACCACGGUCAUUAAAUUUUGGCAAAUUAAGCACCAGACUUCCCAAAGUAAGAAUCCAGCACCAGGCCUUGGCCAUACCCCCAAAUCCCAGAGAUAUCCCAGGAUGAGCCAGGCUGGGGCACCAGGCAGAGCAAAGCUCCUCCCAAAAUCCUGCGGGGCAGCAGAGCAGUGCCACAGGGAGAGCUGAGUUCAGGCUAGGCUGGAACACCUGUAAAUGGGAUAAAUAUGGGCAAAUCUGGACAAAAAUCCACAUAAUGGAGCGGCUGUGAGAGUAGGAAUCACUUUGGCUGGAUGAGGCCCCACAGCUCUUGUAAUAAACCCUUGGAAUUACCCUUUUGUUCCCUGAAAUUUUCCUGAUGUACACAAGAACUGUGUUGGUACUGAAGCAGAAAGCAAAUCCCGUGUGUUUUCAAGUGCAGAUUAACAGCUUCUCUUGGACAUAACUUUCCAUUAGGAAUGAAGGAAAUUCCUGCUCCAUUUGAGCCAUUUCUUUUACUUCGAUCACUUCUAGUAUUACAAAUUCUGCAUGUAACUUUAUAAAUAUUUUAAAUAGUUUUGUAAAUAUUUAAUAUUCAGCUAAUUUGAUUUUGAAUUGUAAAUGUCAAGUAUUCUGGUAUUGGGAUUUUUAUGUUUUAUUAUACUUUGUUAAAAGUUAAAUUGUACAUUUUUAGAAUGUUUUUAUCUGAGUAAAUUUAAUGUAUGGAAAAUAAAGAGUUAAACAGAA